CUCCUCUUUAACCAGUAAGUACGUUCUCUGGUCAGCUAACGUUACUAGUUAGCUAGAUGAAACUGUUAUGAACCAGCUAGCUAUGGGUAGCAUGAUAGCUACGCUAGUUCUUCCGGGGGCUCGCGCUACGCUAACUAGCUACCUAGUUUUCCAGGUAGAUAGCAUACUCCAUAACAUGCUAGUUCAUAUAUACCUCAGUGAUGCCAGUGCGCUUCGUCUUUACAACUGGCCGUCAGUUUGCUGUGCAGCUAGCUAGAUAGCUAGUGAGCUUAACAGUGCAGAUAGCUAGAUAGCUAGUGAGUAACAAGUGGUUUAGCUUCGACUUUUGGUUAGCCCAGGCAGGGAUGUGGGACAUCGUCACAGUAUGAGUCACUUUGACAUUAGCUCCUUUUUUUCGUAGGGAAUCCGAAAACAAUCUGUUCACCUGAGCCACAAAACAAGAAGUGAGAGAUGCCUCACGGCUCGGAUGACGCCCGCAAGCAGUUCAUCCUCACCACGACUGGGAACUACUUCGGCCUAAAGCCGCCAUCAUCCCUUGAUGGGUCUGAGGAACUCAACAAUUUCUUAGAUGAUGGGAACGAAUUCGUGCUUGCUGUCACCAAACACGAGAAUGACCUGUGCCUGUCAAACAAGGUAUACUAGACAAUACAGGAUAUGAUAUCCAAAUAGCAAUAAUGUAAAACACACACAUUGAUAAACAUACACUUCUUUCUCUGUUCACAUCUACCAAGAUGAGAACAGACGUUUUCUUGCUAACCAGGAACUUAGCUACUGACUUUAUAAUUUUGUGCCUACAUCAUCGAAAUUGACCUAACCCCAAACCAAUAUCCUCUUUUUUUUCUGAUUUUCGUUAUGGCUGUGUACAGAUUGAGGCUGGGGACAGCAGAGAGAAGGUUUUAGUGUUCUUCAAGCUGCGUCCCACAGUGAUAACAGAGGAGAACCUGCACCAGAAUGUCCUGGUGUCCUCCAUGCUAGAGUCUCCUAUCAGUACCCUCUACCAGGCCGUGCGACAGGUGUUCGCCCCUAUGCUACUCAAGGUGAGAUCUAUUGCCUGUGUAAUGAACAUAUAUCACCUGUGUUAUGCCUGUGUACUAAAGAGGUAACACCUUUAUACCUUGCAGGUGUGUGUUACAGGUGUGUUUAUAGAUUUAUUAUGUAUUCCCUUAUUCUAGGAUGAGCGGUGGAGCUCAGCAUUUGACCCAAAGCUUGCGGGCCUGCUAAGUGAGCUGGAGCAGGGGCUGGGCUCUGUGAUCCGCAGGGCCGGAACAGAAGACACUGGAAAGAGGAGCCACAGAGAAGACGACAUCCUGGGUGGGUGCACACUGCUCACGUGGUUCAGAAUAUCCGGGACCCAGAUCUCUAUGAGCUUUAGCCAAAUCCUCGGACUAGGAUAUACCUACUAGUACAUCAAAAUGUAACAGGGGAAUUACAUCAAAUGAUAUGAAAGACCGAAGAGCAACAACGAUCCCCGGUCUAAUCAUAGUUGACAGUUGAAAACCUCCUGUUGGUGUGUUCUUCUGUCUGUUCAGGUAUCCUGACCCCAGUGGAUGAGUUCCAGUACUGGGCUGAUCUCUCUGAGUCUGGGGACAGGAGCACUGUGAGAGAGAGGGCCUCACACUUCUCUGAGCUCUUCAAGCCCAUAGAGAAGGUAUGGACUGUGUGUGUACUACCAAUAUAUCAUGUCCAGUGUGUCAAAGAGUGAAAAAACAGGACUAGACAAUCAUUUGUGCCAAAUGUGUUUUUUUUGUUUUGUUUUUUUUUCCACCUUUAUUUAACCAGGUAAGCCAGUUGAGAACAGGUUCUCAUUUACAACUGCGACCUGGCCAAGAUAAAGCAAAGUGAUAUCCCUCCUAAAUAGCUUGGGCUAAUGUCCUGAUCCAAUCACUAAGACCAGCAGGCUUCUCAUACUGUAUAUGACUGUCAUGACGUUGUAUUGUGUAAUGUCCUUUUAUUGUCCAUUUGUGUUGUGGUCUUGUCCUUUUUAAAACGUGUAUGAUACUGCAACGAAUUUCUCCCAAGGGGACAAUACAUUUAGUAAAGUAAAGAAUGUUCCGGCUCAGAUUGGCGUCAUCAGCCAUCUGCUUACUCACCGUAGCCCAGACUCAUCCCAAUAAAUCAUGUCAUGGUUAUCAUCGACCUAUGAUGGACGAACAAGGAAGGAAGGAAGGGGUGUGUUUUGGUGUGUGUGUGUGUGUGUUGACUGUCUCAUCCCCCUGUGUGUAUCAGGACUACAGUGGUCUGGAUGGUGUCUGUCUGUCUGAUGCUGUGGAGCUGGUGGAGGUGAGCAGAGACACACUGGAUGACGUGUGGAGGCAGAAUGACCAUGAUCCCUUUCCUGAGACGCGCAUGCUCAGACUCAUGGACGUCAUUGGUACGCCACACACACACACACACACACACACACACACACAACCUGGAACUGAAACUGAACUGGCAGAGAGCUAGCUACUGUAUUUAUUAUGGUGGUGUUGUUGCAUUAUUUCAGAUGGCCUGCCAUGGCUUGUGUUUCUGACUGUGUGUUUAUGUGUGUCAGGCGGUGCGCUGGGCAGGUACGUGCAGAAGAAGCUGAGUGGUGUGAAACUCUUCAUGGACCCGUUCCUAUCUGUGAGGGAGAGCCUGAGAGUCGGCGUGGUCAUCUGUGAGCAGUGGGUGUCAGCCUGUGAGCACCUGAGUGGACAGGUGUGGAAGAGAUACGCCCCUUACCCCUGGAAGGGAGACAAGCACCGCCCCCAGGCCCUGCACAGCCUGGCUCAGAGACUGGACGAGGUCAGAUGCACCAGCUGUCAAUCAUUCUCUGUGUCAUUAACAUCAUUGUCAUAAUUGCAUAUCAGGAAGUAUAGGAUAUCUCUGCACUCGCUCUUUAGGAACCCUUUUGACUAAGUCACUACACCCCACUUCCUUUUUUUCUUAUGUGACAAUGUUCCUGAGGUUACUGAUGAAGCUUUACCAUAUGACUUAAUGACGUGUGUGUACUGUAUAUGUGACAUGUAUGAGAGUCUGUGACUCAUCUUUGACCACUUCUCUUUCUGAGGAGGUGACGAUCCUUACAGUUCUUGACAAACUCUGACCUGUGUGUGUGUCUCUCAGGUGGUGACGAUCCGUACGGUCCAUGAGAAGCUGCUCCGUCUGCUGCCUGGAGGAAAACAGCAGGCCUUGGCCUCGGCUCGAGUCUUUGAACCCUUCUCUGGCCUCAACCCCUUACAUUACAACCCCUACACUGAGGUAGGAGAGAGAGAGAGAGACAGAGAGAGAGACAGAGAGAGAGAGAGACAGAGAGAGAUACAUUUACAUUUACAUUUCCGUCAUUUAGCAGACGCUCUUAUCCAGAGCGACUUACAAAUUGGUGCAUUCACCUUAUAGCCAGUGGGAUAACCACUUUACAAUAUGUUUCUUUUUUUUUGGGGGGGGGGGGGGGGGGGGGGGGGGUGGGGUAAGGGGGUGUAGAAGGAUUACUUUAUCCUAUCCCAGGUAUUCCUUAAAGAGGUGGGGUUUCAAGUGUCUCCGGAAGGUGGUGAGUGACUCCGCUGUCCUGGCGUCGUGAGGGAGCUUGUUCCACCAUUGGGGUGCCAGAGCAGCGAACAGUUUUCACUGGGCUGAGCGGGAACUGUGCUUCCGCAGAGGUAGGGGGGCCAGCAGGCCAGAGGUGGAUGAACGCAAUGCCCUCAUUUGGGUGUAGGGACUGAUCAGAGCCUGAAGGUACGGAGGUGCCGUUCCCCUCACAGCUCCGUAGGCAAGCACCAUGGUCUUGUAGAAGAUGCGGGCUUCAACUGGAAGCCAGUGGAGUGUGCGGAGGAGCGGGGUGACGUGAGAGAACUUGGGAAGGUUGAACACCAGACGGGCUGCGGCAUUCUGGAUGAGUUGUAGGGGUUUAAUGGCACAGGCAGGGAGCCCAGCCAACAGCGAGUUGCAGUAGUCCAGACGGGAGAUGACAAGUGCCUGGAUUAGGACCUGUGCCGCUUCCUGUGUAAGGCAGGGUCGUACUCUCCGAAUGUUGUAGAGCAUGAACCUACAGGAUCGUGUCACCGCCUUGAUGUUAGCGGAGAACGACAGGGUGUUGACAUGUGAUUCCUGUGCCACCACCCCGCUGACCAGAUGCUCUCGGGGUAUGCGAGAACACAUGGUCAGACGAGGAGAGAGCAGUAGGAGUAGCAGUGUUUUCAGUGGUAAUCCAUGUUUCCGUCAGCGCCAAGAAGUCGAGGGACUGGAGGGUAGCAUAGGCUGAGAUGAACUCUGCCUUGUUGGCCGCAGAACGGCAGUUCCAGAGGCUGCCAGAGACCUGGAACUCCACGUGGGUCGUGCGUGCAGGGACCACCAGGUUAGAGAGGCAGCAGCCACGCGGUGUGAGGCGUUUGUAUAGCCUGUGCGGAGAGGAGAGAACAGGGAUAGACAGAGGCAUAGUUGACAGGCUACAGAAAAUGGCUACAAUAAUGCAAAGGAGAUCGGAAUGAAAUGAACUAAACAGCUGGGAAAGCGAGAGAGCGGGGCAUCCCUCAAUUACGUUUCACUGAAACACCCAAAUAUAACUCUCCCAACUUCCACCUCAGAAACUAUAAUUGUUGUAAACUACAGCGGUUCAAUGUUUUCUAGGAAUAGACUAACUUAGUUUAUUCAGCUAGCUAACUUGGUACAGUAUUCUUCCGUUAAAACCGUCCAGGGCACCUAGUCAUAUGACGCCACAGCCAACUAGCAUGCCGGACUCCAACAACAUGGUUUAGCACCAAUACUCGGCCACAACAAACCACCACUGUGUCAACACGCCAAGCAGAUCAUUAGUGUCCGUGUCUAACGUUGUGGGCUAGUCCGGACAGCUUGAGCGAGUCCGUCGUCAACUUAUUCAGCCAGUUAGUUAGCUAGAAUAGUUAGCAUACUAGCUAGCCAUUGCUUUCUGCCAAUGAAGAAACCCGUCCUCCCACGGCACGAACACACAGUGAGAGCCAAGCUAACGUUAACUAGUCACCCAUGUCCCGAAUUCCCUUGAACGACUCUGGCUACCAGUAUGUAAAAACAAAACACAAAUGUAGGUUAUAACUUACCCCUAGCAGCUACUGUUAGCUAGCCAAGUGCAAAGAUAGCCACUGAAUUGACUCAGCCAGUUCGCGUCUGUUCGCUAGGUCGUUCCAGCUAUUGUUUAGUAGCUAUCCAGGUAGCAACAAGCUAGCUACAUUUCGAGCACAGUAGCUACUUACUACCUAUCGUUAACGCUUCAGACAAUGAGGUUAGAAAAACAGCUGAAUGGUAGGCAUUAUUGUAUGUAAUUAUUGUAGGCAGCUAGCUGGCGUAAUUACAGGCACUCUCAGGCGUGAAACAACUAUCCACAGUUGCUACUCGCUAGCUAGUCCAGGUAGUGGGUUAGCUAGCUUUGUGCUUCACCGGGCUCAGUCGAAUACAAUACCUACAAUAAUUACAUACAACAACCUACGAGAACUACCUACAAUACCUAACUACAAUCUAAAUACAUAGUUUAAGCUUUACUCGACAAAGCUUAAACCAUGUAUAUAAGCCAUAUAAGCCAAGCUUACCUCCCGCCAGAGAGAGACACAACCUCACCUGACGACGACAAUCGCUACAACAGGGAGAGAGACAGAGGGAGAGAGAGAGAGAGAGAGAUAGAGAGAGACAGAGAGAGAGACAGACAGACAGAGAGACAGACAGAGAGACAGACAGAGAGACAGACAGAGAGACAGUCAGAGAGAGAGAGACAGAGAGAGAGAGACAGAGAGAGAGAGACAGAGAGAGAGAGACAGAGAGAGAGAGACAGAGAGAGAGACAGAGAGAGACAGAGAGCAAGACAGACAGAGAGAGACAGAGAUAGACAAAUAGAGAGAGAUGGAGGGGGGCAGUAUGUAAAAUGACAGAACUACAUAUCAGAAGCUUUGAUGUUUACAGAGAGACCUGACCUGGUUGUUGUCUCUCUCUCUGCUGUAGCCUCUGUGGAGGGCGGCAGUAGCCCAGUUUGAGCGAGCCAUCGCCCCAGCAGAGCAGGAGGUGGCAGGCAGACUGAAGGCCUACAUCGCAGAUGUACAGGACAACCCACAGCAGGUGAGAACAUCACCUUGCAUGUCUAGUUACAUAAGGUUGAAAUUCAUUGUUUUAAAAAUGUUGACCUCAUUAUUAAUUAAUUGAAAUUGUGUAUACAGCUGCUGCAGGCGUUUCAGAAGCACAAGGAGCUGAUCAGACGACCCAACGUCAGCAAGGAGCUGCAGUCAGAGAGAGAGACUCUGCUGGCCAGACUGCUGGAAUACAUCAAGGGUCAGUAGGAGUUCAGUACUUCACAGAGACUGUAUAUCAUAAUGUUGUUAGUGAUGUCACCCCUCAUGUCCUAAUCCUGAAUUGACCUUUGACCCCCCCCCCCCCCCCCCCCCCCCCAGGGCUGCGGACAGACUUUGAGGGUCGUUGCCAUGGCGCCCCGGGGGAAAAGUCCGGCCCCCUGACAGGCCGGAAUCUCCCUGAGGUCGUCAACAACAUUGUGUGGGUCCGCCAGCUUCUCCAUAAGGUGUGUCUUUUCCUCUGUGUGUAUGUGUGUAUGUAUGUGUGUGAGAGAGCGAGAGCACGGUGUGUGUUGAUUGAUCUGCUGACUGUUUGUGCCUAAGGUGGAGGACUCCAUCAAGAUAGCGGAGGCUCUGCUGUCAGACCUGUCAGGGUUCCGCUCAUUCCUGCGGUUCUGUGAUGACCUGCUGGAGGUUCUACGGGCCUACGAACAGGAACAGUUUGAUGACUGGUCGAGAGACAUCCUCUCUGGCCUCUCUGACCCCAAGUCUGGCAUCAGGUCAGUUGAGAACCAUACAGCCAUUUGUCUUUCUGUCAAUCUGUCCUUCCAUUCUGUAUUAAUACUGUAUAAUAAACCCCCUUGUCUCCCUCCAGUCUUCAGGCCAGUAACCGUGUGAUGGAGCUGGACCAUAUAGAUGGGAAGCUGAAGAUCCACUACUCUGACCGUCUGGUGGCUCUGCUGAGGGAGGUCAGACAGCUGUCAGCCCUGGGCUUCCCCAUCCCAGCCAAGAUCCAGCAGGCUGCCAACACCGCAGACAAGUUCUACAGACAGGCCAUCAUCCUCAAACAGGCAAGGACACAGACACACUCACACACACUCACACGCUGUUAUACCCGCACACACACACACACGUCCUGUAUUUUAUAUGUGUUUAGAUGUAACUCUGUGUUUGUCUAUGGCAGGUGGCCCAUUUCUACAACACCAUCGACCAGCAGAUGAUCCCCUCUCAGAGACCCAUGAUGCUCAACUACGCCCUGGCCUUUGAGCAGGUCAUCAAGGUACUGACUCAUCCAUAGGCUUAUAGAUCUGUUACCACCACCUCCCCCCGCCCCAACCGAACGCUUUAAGGAAUACCAUUUCAAAUAUCCUGAUCCUGUCCCUUUUCCCGAUGCAGCAGAAUCCACGGUCCCAAUCCCGGGAGUCUGGCGGGAAGCUGCAGAUCACCUGGGAUAAUCCCAAAGAGCUGGAGGUGUACAUUGGAAAACUCCAGUCCGCCGCAGAGAGACUCUCCACUGAGAACCGGAAACUGAGGAAGUGGCACACAGACUUCACUGAGAAGGUGGUGACCCUGAUGACUGUGGACCUGCUGAGGCACCAGCAGCGCUGGAAGGACGGCUUACAGGAGCUACGCACCGGGUUCGCCACACUGGAGGCACAGGUAACCACAGAGAAUGAUAGAGAGUAGGGAGUUUGGCUAGAAAGCUGAGAUUAGGGUUUCGAGUCCUUAUGUAGGUAAGGGUUAUAAAGGUCAGGGUUAGUGAUGAGGGUAUGUGUGGUUAGAAAACUCUUUACUCCUGUCUGAUCUAUGAUGUUGAGAUUGUGUGUGUGUUCGGUGGUGUAGGGGUUCAGAUCGGGGGAGAUGAAGGCCUGGAGGCAGCACUGGAACCACCAGCUGUACAAGGCCCUGGAACAUCAGUACCAGACUGGACUGGAGGCCCUCAACAAGAACCUGCCUGAGAUACACAUAGACCUCACCUUCAAGUCAGUGGCACUCUCUUUCUCUCUCUCUCUCUCUCUCUCUCUCUCUCUCUCUCUCUCUCUCUCUCUCUCUCUCUCUCUCUCUCUCUCUCUCUCUCUCCUAAGGUAAUAUAAUAUACUGCAGUGUAAAAGAAUAAAAACAUAUAAGCCUUGCUCUGCUCUGCUGUCGUCCCCAUCUAUAGGCAGGGUCGUCUGCAGUUCCGUCCUCCAUUUGAGGAGGUGAGGGCCAAGUACUUCAGAGAGAUGAAGAGGUUCAUCUCCAUCCCCAACCAGUUCAAAGGAGUCAGCGCCCAGGGGGAGGAGCUCAUCUUCAGCGUCAUGAUUGACAGGAACGCAUCAGGCUUCCUCACCAUUUUCAGCAAGGCAGAGGACCUGUUCAGCCGUCUGCUGGGCGUUCAGGACAAGUUUAAGGUGUGUGUGUGUGUGUGUGUGUGUGUGUUAGUGUGUGGCUCAGCGGUUGACUGUUCUUUUAAAAAGAACACCUCCUUUAUCUUGAAUAGAUUUGUGGUAAUUUGUUGUAUUUCUGGCAUGGUCUUAUUUUGGCAAUGAGUUUAAUUUCCUUCCUAGUGGUUCUUUCAUGCGUCUUGUGGUUUUAGGAGGGAACCCCCCCCCCCCUCCCCCACAGCAAAGCUUUCUUCUGUCUUUGCUGCCACUCAGGAAAGUAUUGUGGUACACCACAGUUUCGGUCACCGCCUGCACAGAAACUCAGUCAACACGCACACAUGUUGAAUGUUCAUCAUGAACUACACAAAGCUGUAGGUCUAGAUUGGACACAAACUGACUGAAUAGCUUUAUGUGAAGAAGACCCUUGUCCUUCUAGUCAAGCCACCCAAUCUCCACCUGAACCACAUGUCUGUCUGUGUAUAUAAUGUCUGGACUGUCUGUCUGUUUAUAUCAUGUCUGUAAUGUACUCUGAGUGUACAAAACAUUAGGAACACCUUCUUAAUAUUGAGUUGCACCAACUUUAGCACUCAGAACAGCCUUAAUUCAUUGAGGCAUGGACUCUACAAGGUGUCGAAAGUGUUCCACAGGGAUGCUGGCCCAUGUUGACACCAAUGCUUUCCACAGCAAUUGUGUCAAGUUGGCUGGAUGUCCUUUGGGUGGGGGACCAUUCUUGAUACACACGAGAAACUGUUGAGCGUGAAAAACCCAGCAGUGUUGCAGUUCUCGACACAAACCGGUGCGCCUGGCACCUACUACCAUACCCCGUUCAAAGGCACUUAAAUCUUUUGUCUUGCCCAUUCACCCUCUGAAUGGCACACAUACACAAUCCAUGUCUCAAUUGUCUCAAGGCUUGAAAAUCCUUCUUUAACCUGUCUCCUCCCCUUCAUUGAUUGAAGAGGAUUUAACAGGUGACAUCAAUAAGGGAUCAUAGCUUUCACCUGAUCAGUCUGUCAUGGAAAGAGCAUGUUUUGUACACUCAGUGUAUAUCUGAGUAUAUAAUGUCUGCAUGCUGCAUAUCUGCACUCUGAAUCUCUGAGAUGUGUGAUCUAUCCUAGCGUAUAUCUGCACUCUGAAUCUCUGAGAUGUGUGAUCUAUCCUAGCGUAUAUCUGUACUCUGAAUCUCUGAGAUGUGUGAUCUAUCCUAGCGUAUAUCUGUACUCUGAAUCUCUGAGAUGUGUGAUCUAUCCUAGCGUAUAUCUGUACUCUGAAUCUCUGAGAUGUGUGAUCUAUCCUAGCGUAUAUCUGCACUCUGAAUCUCUGAGAUGUGUGAUCUAUCCUAGCGUAUAUCUGUACUCUGAAUCUCUGAGAUGUGUGAUCUAUCCUAGCGUAUAUCUGUACUCUGAAUCUCUGAGAUGUGUGAUCGAUCUGUGUGUUCUCUCUGUAGGAGUGGGUGGUGCUGGGCCAGCUGGACAUGGACGUGUUGGUGGAGAAGCAGCUAUCGUCUGUCCAGGACUGGGAGAGGAACUUCAAGGCCCUGAAGGCCAGAGGGAAGGAGUCAGAACGCCUGCCCAGGUACACAGCCUCCCAUAGGCCACAAAGCUUCCAUUGAUCAGACUGUUGCAGUCAUGAUAAAACCGUUUUGUCUCUAUCAGUCUGGAGAAGGUUGACUGUAUCUCAGUGAACUGUGAGCCAGUGAAGGCAGUGAUUGAUGACCUCAUCCAGAGACUGUUUGAUGCCCUGCUGAUGUCACUCAGGAAGUCCAUACAAGGUAAAGCCUGGAACCUCACUUGAAAUACAGUGAGGGAAAAAAGUAUUUGAUCCCCUGCUGAUUUUGUACGUUUGCCCACUGACAAAGACAUGAUCAGUCUAUAAUUUUAAUGGUAGGUUUAUUUGAACAGUGAGAGACCGAAUAACAACAAAAAAAUCCAGAAAAAACGCAUGUCAAAAAUCUUAUAAAUUGUUUUCUCAUUUUAAUGAGGGAAAUAAGUAUUUGACCCCUCUGCAAAACAUGACUUAGUACUUGGUGGCAAAACCCUUGUUGGCAAUCACAGAGGUCAGACGUUUCUUGUAGUUGGCCACCAGGUUUGCACACAUCUCAGGAGGGAUUUUGUCCCACUCCAGAUCUUCUCCAAGUCAUUAAGGUUUCGAGCCUGACGUUUGUCAACUCGAACCUUCAGCUCCCUCCACAGAUUUUUUUUUAUGGGAUUAAGGUCUGGAGACUGGCUAGGCCACUCCAGGACCUUAAUGUGCUUCUUCUUGAGCCACUCCUUUGUUGCCUUGGCCGUGUGUUGUGGGUCAUUGUCAUGCUGGAAUACCCAUCCACGACCCAUUUUCAAUGCCCUGGCUGAGGGAAGGAGGUUCUCACCCAAAAUUUGACGGUACAUGGCCCCGUCCAUCGUCCCUUUGAUGCAGUGAAGUUGUCCUGUCCCCUUAGUAGAAAAACAGACCCAAAGCAUAAUGUUUCCACCUCCAUGUUUGACGGUGGGGAUGGUGUUCUUGGGGUCAUAGGCAGCAUUCCUCCUCCUCCAAACACGGCGAGUUGAGUUGAUGCCAAAGAGCUCGAUUUUGGUCUCAUCUAACCACAACACUUUCACCCAGUUCUCCUCUGAAUCAUUCAGAUGUUCAUUGGUAAACUUCAGACGGGCCUGUAUAUGUGCUUUCUUUAGCAGGGGGACCUUGCGGGCGCUGCAGGAUUUCAGUCCUUCACGUCGUAGUGUGUUACCAAUUGUUUUCUUGGUGACUAUGGUCCCAGCUGCCUUGAGAUCAUUGACAAGAUCCUCCCGUGUAGUUCUGGGCUGAUUCCUCACCAUUCUCAUGAUCAUUGCAACUCCACGAGGUGAGAUCUUGCAUGGAGCCCCAGGCCGAGGGAAAUUGACAGGUCUUUUGUGUUUCUUCCAUUUGCGAAUAAUCGCACCAACUGUUGUCACCUUCUCACCAAGCUGCUUGGCGAUGGUCUUGUAGCCCAUUCCAGCCUUGUGUAGGUCUACAAUCUUGUCCCUGACAUCCUUGGAGAGCUCUUUGGUCUUGGCCAUGGUGGAGAGUUUGGAAUCUGAUUGAUUGAUUGCUUCUGUGGACAGGUGUCUUUUAAACAGGUAACAAGUUGAGAAUAGGAGCACUCACUUUAAGAGUGUGCUCCUAAUCUCAGCUCGUUACCUGUAUAAAAGACACCUGGGAGCCAGAAAUCUUUCUGAUUGAGAGGGGGUCAAAUACUUAUUUCCCUCAUUAAAAUGCAAAUCAAUUUAUAACAUUUUUGACAUGCGUUUUUCUGGAUUUUUUUGUUGUUAUUCUGUCUCGCACUGUUCAAAUAAACCUACCAUUAAAAUUAUAGACUGAUCAUUUCUUUGUCAGUGGGCAAACGUACAAAAUCAGCAGGGGAUCAAAUACUUUUUUCCCUCACUGUACAUACUCAAAUCUCCCAGUGACACCAGUGUAUGAUUGUUGAUGUAUCUUGUGUGCAGGGGCUUUACGACAGUUUUGUUCACAUGACGUGUUUUCUCACUCCCGAUCUUUCCCUUUCUGUUUUGUUCUAAUAAUCUUUCUUCUCUGUUGUCCCCCCCCCCUCCCCCCUGUUGUCCCCCCCUCCCCCUGUUGUCCCCCCCUCCCCCUGUUUCCCCCCCUCCAGGCCAUACCCUAGACAUAGACAGUUUUGUGACUGAGGCCAUGGAGACGUUGUCCUCUCGUCCAGAGAGUAUUGAUGAGAUAGGAGAGGCCAAUUCCAGACACAGCCAGAUACAUGCCCGCAAACCAGAUGUAAGCAACUCACUUUGAGGGACUCAACGUUACUUAAAGGUCCUGAACAGUCAUUCUGAAAAGUACUUUUUCUCUCAUGGCUAACUACCAGGAAGUUUGAAAAUACAGGCUGAGUGUGCGGGGAGCUUAUAUUCAUGAGCUUUGAAACGCCUAUGUAAAGCAACUUGGAUGCAGUGACCCCAGUGUUGCAGUAAAAUCAUCUGAAGCUAAUUUGGUGAUACACAAAGCAACUCAAACAACAUUGAAAUUGCACCAAUGAUAUAUAUACAAAAAGAAGUACAUCUCCCGUUUGGCAUGUCUCUUGUGAUGCGCUUCACAGCAGCACUGACUGAUGUGUUGACCUGACAACUGCAUCUGCCCCCCCCCUGCUGGCUGAACACCAAACUAGCCAGUAACUAGCGAACCCCCCCCCCCCGCUGGCGAACCCCCCCCCCCCCCUGCUGGCUGAACACCAAACUAGCCAGUAACUAGCGAACACCAGACACAGGUGAAAGGGGAAACAUGGGGAAGGGGACCAGUAACUUUAUGAUCAAACUUUAUCAAUGUAGAAGCAACAGUCAUUUUUUUAUACUUUGGUCACACUUUGAUCUGGUUUCCUUCAAAUAUCAUCAAUUUUCAUGAAAAACAUGAUUUUGACUGUUCAUGACCAUUAACAUUCAAUCACUACUACCACAGUUCUGUAAAGUUGCCUGAGCGUUGCUGUAAUGUUUGUGAUGUUCCAUAUAUAUCGAGCCCCGGUUUUGUAACGUUGUCUGAGCGUUGCUCUAAUGUUUGUGUGAUGUGUUUUUGUGUAGAUCCUGCCCCAGUUCCAGGCUGCGGAGGAGAAGAACCGUCUGCUGAGGGCCGUCGCAGGAGGAGGGCUGGACUCUCUGUCCUCCCUCAGGGCCAAGUGGGACAAACUAGAGCUGAUGAUGGAGAGCCACCAGCUGAUGAUCAAAGAGCAGGUACACACACACACACACACACACACACACACACACACACACACACACACACACGAGAGAGAGAGCGCAAACACACACACACACACACACACACACACACACACACACACACACACACGAGAGAGAGAGCGCAAACACACACACACACACACACACACACACACACACACACACACACACACACACACACACACACACACACACGAGAGAGAGAGCGCAAACACACACACGCACACUUUUGCAAACACGCUUGGGACAAACGCAUAAACACAGAUGCUCAUUCCCUAAUUUCCCCCCCGUUUCUCCCUCUCCUCUAGGUGGAGGUGAUGCGUAGUAAUGCUGAGAGUCGUAUCCAGGCCUACAGGCUGGAGCUGGACAGGUUCAGGGCUCGCUGGGACCAGCUGAAGCCCAGAGAUGAGGUCAUAGAGACGGGAGACCAGGCAGCCCUGCUGGCCUCUGUCCAAACCAUCAGAGACAAGAAACAGGAGUUCCAGGAGCUGGAGGUCACACGCACACGCCUGCUGUAGGUUUACACACACACACACACACACACACACACACACACACACACACACACACACACACACACACACACAGCAAGUCAACUUUACUUUCAAUCCUUCAGUUUUCUGUGUACUAAUGAGUGUCUCUUCUCAGUGAGGACUGUCGUCACUUUGAGCUGGAGGCUCCAGACUUCUCCCUGGCGGAGGAGACCAUCAGAGACAUGGAGGAGUAUGGCCAGAUGUGGUCUCUGUAUGAGGACUGGCAGGAGGACUUCCAGAAGAAGGCGAAGGAGGACUGGAUCACAUUCAGGUUAGGAGUCUGACAUCAGAGAGGUGUCAGGGAAGGUUUGGGGUUUGAUUUGAUAUUAUCAUUUCCACCUUGUUUGUCUUCGCUGGCUAACUAGUGGUUGAAUAAACAGUUUGUGUGUGUGUUUUGCUUUUUGCAGGAGUAAGACCUAUGUGUUUGAGGAGUUCCUGUUUGCGUGGCAGGACAGACUGAGGAAGCUUGAGCAGCACACCAGCCUGUCUGUUAAACUACAGAGAGAAGUUGACAAGUACAAGGUGAGGGGGAGAGAGAGAGAGAGAGAGAGAAAAGUGGAAGACAAACUCCUCUGUCUGCUAAGCAGAAAUGUUAACAUGUAUUCUGUCUAUCUGUGUGUAUAGAGUCUGGUUCCGGUGUUAAAAUGUAUUCUGUGUGUGUUUGUAGAGUCUGGUACCAGUGUUAAAGUACGUGCGAGGGGAGCACCUAUCCCAGGACCACUGGUUGGAUCUGUUCAGAUUGUUGGGUCUUCCUAAAGGCACUACCCUGGAGAGACUGACCUUCUGGGAUCUCCUCAGUGUGGCUGAUACCAUCACUGACCGAGCCCUGGAGCUCAAAGACCUAAACAGCAGAGCCCAGGCGGAGGUGACCAUCAGAGAGGCUCUCAGAGAGCUGGACCUGUGGGGGGCUGGAGCUGCCUUUACCCUCACUGAGUACACAGACAGCGCUGGACACACACUCACUCUCAUCAAGGACUGGAAGGACUGCUGAUACAUCUCUACCGUAACCGGGACAUACUACUAUAUCCAGGACUACUGAACACACUCACACUGAGUACCACACUCACUGACCUGGACUACACUCACCUCACUGAGUACACACUCACUACUGGACACACUCACUACGGACCACAACUACGGGAAACCAUGGACAUACACACUCACUACCGGACACAGCACUCACUACCGGACACACUCACUACCGGACACACUCACUACUGAUACACACUCACUACUGGACACUCUCACUACCGGACACACUCACUACUGAUACACACUCACUACGGACACACUCACUACUGGACACACUCACUACUGAACACACUCACUACGGACCACACACUCACUACGGACACACUCACUACUGGACACACUCACUACGGACACACUCACUACUGGACACACUCACUACGGACCACUCACUACGACACACUCACUACGGGACACAUCACUACUGACACACUCACUACUGGACACACUCACUACUGGACACACUCACUACCGGACACACUCACUACCGGACACACUCACUACUGGACACACUCACUACCGGACACACUCACUACCGGACACACUCACUACCGGACACACUCACUACCGGACACACUCACUACUGGACACACUCACUACCGGACACACUCACACUCAUUACCGGACACACUCACUACCGGACACACUCACACUCACUACCGGACACACUCACUACUGGACACACACACACUCACUACAGGACACACUCACUUCCGGACACACUCACUUCUGGACACACUCACUACCGGACACACUCACUACAGGACACACACACACUCACUACCGGACACACACACACUCACUACCGGACACACACACACUCACUACCGGACACACACACACACACUACCGGACACACUCACUACCGGACACACCUACACUCACUACCGGACACACUCACUACCGGACACACACACACUCACUACCGGACACACACACACUCACUACCGGACACACUCACUACCGGACACAUACACUACCGGACACACUCACUACCGGACACGGACACACUCACUACCGGACACACUCACACACACACUACCGGACACACUCACUACCGGACACACACACACUCACUACCUGGACACAGUCUAACCUGGUCUCCUAUACAGGUUGGUGAUAACCGCUGCCUUCUGCAGUCUCUGAAGGACUCUCCAUACUACCGCGGCUUCCAGGACAAGGUGAGUCUUUAGAGUUACUCAGAACUGAAAGCACAGCAUCUUUAAAAGUAGCUGCUUUACCUAGUGUUACCGUGUGUGUGUGUUUGUCCAGGUUAGUCUGUGGGAGGUACGUCUGUCUGAUCUAGAUGAGUACCUGGUCAGUCUGAAUGCCAUCCAGAGGCGCUGGGUCUACCUGGAGCCCAUCUUCGGACGGGGGGCUCUGCCCAGGGAACAAGCCCGUUUCAAACGGGUCGACGAGGACUUUAGGUACUCCUGUCCCUGUGUGUGUUUCUAAACUGUGUGUGUGUGUGUGGCUCUGUUUUUUCUGAUCCAUUGUCCAUGUUGUACUCUGUGUGUUUCUAAACUGUGUGUGUGUCUGUGUGUCAGGUCCAUCUUGGCUGAUGUCCAGAGGGACAGCAGGGUGACGUCUCUGAGCUCUCGUUCUGGCAUCAGAAACUCCCUCAUCACCAUCUUAGACCAGCUCCAGCGCUGCCAGAAAUCACUCAACGAGUUCCUAGAGGUACUGAACAAUCAACUACCAACCAGGGAUUAAUAAAUUAACAAAUCAAUAAAUCUAUACUUCAAUUGAUUCGCCAAUCAGUACUAGUACAAAGAUGGAUGUAUAUGUCCUCACUAAACAUAGAAAUAAAAAAACAUACACUGAGUGGACAAAACACCUUCCUAAUAUUGAGUUGCACCCCCUUUUGCCCUCAGAACAGCCUCAAUUCAUCGGGGCAUGGACUCUACAAGGUGUUGAAAGUGUUCCACAGGGAUGCUGGCCCAUGUUGACUCCAAUGCUUCCCACAGUAGUCUCAAGUUGGCUGGAUGUCCUUUGGGUGGUGGAACAUUCUUGAUAGACAUGGGAAUCUGUUGAGUGUGAAAAACCCAGCAGCGUUGCAGUUCUUGACACAAACCGGUGCCCCUGUACCUACUACCAUACCCUGUUCAAACGCACUUAAAUCUGUUGUUUUGUCCAUUCACCCUCUGAAUGGCACGCAUACACAAUCCAUGUCUUAGUUUUCCUUCUUUAAACUGUCUCCUCCCCUUCAUCUACAUUGAUUGAAGUGGAUUUAACAAGUAACAUCAAUAAGGGAUCAUAGCUUUCACCUGGAUUGACCUGGUCAGUCUACGUCAUGGAAAGAGCAGGUGUUCAUAAUGUUUUGUCCACUCAGUGUAGAAGUGUAUGUCUCUGUCCCCUGUAGGAGAAGCGUUCUGCCUUCCCACGGUUCUACUUCAUUGGCGAUGAUGACCUGCUGGAGAUUCUGGGCCAGGCCACCAACCCCACUGUCAUACAGUCACACCUCAAGAAGCUGUUCGCUGGUACACACACACACACACACACACACACACACACGCUCACACCCAAAUCCCAACGUCAAUACAGUAACAACUAAAGAAGCUGUCAACUGGUGAAACUGAUGUGUCUGUAGUGACAGUGGAUAUAACUGUGUUCUCUGUAGGCAUCAACAGUGUUGACUUUGAUGGGGACUGCCAGCACAUCGUGGCCAUGCGCUCUCUAGAGGGAGAGGUGGUCCCCCUCAGGAACCUCAUCCGAAUCUCCAACAGCGUAGAGGUAGGGGGGUGGACGGGUCAAGGGGCACGGGGGUAGAGGGUAGGGGGUACUGCAAUGUGUACCUCAAUCACACAACUCCAUUAUUACACACAACUCAAUUAUAUAGCUCCUUAAAAGUGUGUGUGUGUGUGUGGGUUCCAGGUGUGGCUGGGUGAGCUGUCUGCUGAGAUGAAGGAGACUCUGAAGCAGCUGCUGUGUGAGUGUGUGUCAGCAGGGAGGAAAGGAGAGGUGGACCCGUCCCGCUACCCCUCUCAGGUAUGAUUCAUUACAUUUACAUUUACAUUUUUUAGUCAUUUAGCAGACGCUCUUAUCCAGAGCGACUUACAGUUAGUGAGUACAUACAUACAUUACUCAUUGAUGCUAUCUGACUCUUCUCUUAUUGUGUUUCUCCUAUAUGACUCCUGUCUGACUCCAGUAUAACUCCUGUCUGACUCCAGUAUAACUCCUUUCUGACUCCUGUCUCACCAGUAUAACUCCAGUAUAAAUCCUGUCUGACUCCAGUAUGACUCCUGUAUGAGUCCUGUUUAACUCCAGUAUAACUCCUGUCUGACUCCAGUAUAACUCCUGUCUGACUCCGGUAUAACUCCUGUCUGACUCCGGUAUAACUCCUGUCUGACUCCAGUCUGACUCCUGUCUGACUCCAGUCUGACUCCUGUCUGACUCCGGUAUAACUCCUUUAUGAGUCCUGUUUAACUCCAGUAUAACUCCUGUCUGACUCCAGUAUAACUCCUGUCUGACUCCGGUAUAACUCCUGUCUGACUCCGGUAUAACUCCUGUCUGACUCCAGUCUGACUCCUGUCUGACUCCAGUAUAACUCCUGUCUGACUCCGGUAUAACUCCUGUCUGACUCCGGUAUAACUCCUGUCUGACUCCUGUCUGACUCCAGUCUGACUCCAGUAUAACUCCUGUCUGACUCCAGUAUAACUCCUGUCUGACUCCAGUAUAACUCCUGUCUGACUCCAGUAUAACUCCUGUAUGAGUCCUGUUUAACUCCAGUAUAACUCCUGUCUGACUGCAGUAUAACUCCUGUCUGACUCCGGUAUAACUCCUGUCUGACUCCUGUCUGACUCCAGUCUGACUCCAGUCUGACUCCAGUCUGGACUCCAGUAUAACUCCUGUCUGACUCCGGUAUAACUCCUGUCUGACUCCAGUAUAACUCCUGUCUGACUCCAGUAUAACUCCUGUCUGACUCCAGUAUAACUCCUGUCUGACUCCUGAUUGACUCAUGUAUGAGUCCUGUAUAGUUCCUGUCUGAUCUUUGUAUCUCCUGGUGUAGAGCCAUUGUAAUUUCUGCCUGACUCCUUAGUGACUCCUGUCUGAGCCCUGAUGUAGAUCCUGUCUGACUCCUAAUGGACUCCUGACUGACUCCUGUGUCUCUGGGUGUAGAUCCUGUGCUUGGCAGAGCAGAUCCAGUUCACUGAGGAGGUGGAGAGUGGUCUGAGAAACAGCAGUCUGCAGCAGCUGGAGGUGGAGCUCACCGCUAAGUUGGAGCACUACACCACCGUAGACACCAGCUCUGAGGAGACGGGAAACACAGGUGUGUGUGUGUGUGUGUGUGUGGUUGCUUAUUGUUACAGUGGCUCAUUGGCAUGCCUCAGCCCUAUCUGAUGUUAAUUAUGUUACUGUGUUACAAUUAUGUUACAAUCUGCUGUUUUAUUUACCUAGUGUGAAGUCAGAUAACCAGUACAUGUGUGUCUCUCCCCAGCUCCCCAGGCUAAAGAGGUCAGAUAACCAGUACAUGUGUGUCUCUCCCCAGCUCCCCAGGCUAAAGAGGUCAGAUAACCAGUACAUGUGUGUCUCUCCCCAGCUCCCCAGGCUAAAGAGGUCAGAUAACCAGUACAUGUUUCUCUCUCCCCAGCUCCCCUGGCUAAAGAGGUCAGAUAACCAGUACAUGUGUGUCUCUCCCCAGCUCCCCAGGCUAAAGUGGUCAGAUAACCAGUACAUGUGUGUCUCUCCCCAGCUCCCCAGGCUAAAGUGGUCAGAUAACCAGUACAUGUGUGUCUCUCCCCAGCUCCCCAGGCUAAAGAGGCUUGCUAAGAGGCUGCAGUCAUAACUGUCAGUCUAAUCUAAUGGCCGGCCCCUAAUGAAUAGCUACAUAAAACAGCUCUUGUGUGGACUGGCUGGGGAGGAGAAGCUCUCUGACUGAGGGAGAGGCCACGGUGAUAAAACUCCGCUCACAGCACAGGGCCCAAGCAUUAGAUACAGUCCUGGGGGAGACAUGACUAGGGCCAGAUCUAAAAGGAUCUUAUCAAUACCAUUAGCGUUAUCAACAACCACAUGGCCUGAGCAGGAAAGACCCUGGGCCUACAUAGCUCUGAUCAGAAUCUGUGCACUGUAUUGGUAGUGUGGAGCCAUUUUGAGACAUAGGGUCUGUGCUGAUAGGAUGCUUCUCCCCCAUAGAGUCUAGUGUGGAGACAUUUUGAGACAUAGGGUCUGUUCUGAUAGGAUGCUUCUCCCCCAUAGAGUCAAGUGUGGAGCCAUUUUGAGACACAAGGUCUGUUCUGAUAGGAUGCUUCUCCCCCAUAGAGUCAAGUGUGGAGCCAUUUUGAGACAGGGUCUGUGCUGAUUGGUUGCUUCUCCCCCAUAGAGUCAAGUGUGGAGCCAUUUUGAGACACAGGGUCUGUUCUGAUAGGAUGCUUCUCCCCCAUAGAGUCAAGUGUGUUGCAGCUGAAGCUGAAGGCUCUGAUCCUAGACAUCAUCCAUAACAUCAGUGUGGUGAAGCAGCUGUGUGAGGAGGCGGUGAGCAGCCCUGACGCCUGGGCCUGGAGGAAACAGCUCCGUUUCUACCUCGACAACGACAGACGCUGCUCCAUACAGAUGGUCGACGCUCACUUCAGCUAUACAUACGAGUACCAGGUACAAAAACCUCUACACAGAUAUACUGUACUUCUGACCACCUCUCUACACAGAUAUACUUCUGACCAUCUCAUCUACACACACCUGUACACGUCUAAAUGACAGUUCUACACACUUCAGUACCAGGCAGCAGUUCAACUACAGCGCUAUGCAGUCCUGCACCACUGGGGGGAGAUGUUCACCCAGAGAUAAGGACACCUCUCACACUGUGUGUGCUGCAGUCUCUCUGCAAAGUCUGCCUCAACACACUGUCAUCCUCUCUCUCUCUCUCUCUCCAUCCCUCCCCUCCUCUAUCUCUCUCAGGGUAAUGCGGCUAAGCUGGUCCACACUCCCCUGACUGAUAAGUGUUAUCUGACCUUGACCCAGGCCAUGAUGAUGGGUUUGGGGGGAAACCCCUACGGCCCUGCCGGCACCGGCAAGACUGAGUCAGUCAAAGCCCUGGGGGGCCUGUUCGGAAGACAAGUACUUGUCUUCAACUGUGAUGAGGUAAACAAACACACACACACAGUCACACACACGUGACGAAUGCACACACACACACACACACACACACACAGUCACACACACGUGACGAAUGCACACACACACACACACACACACACACACACACACACACACAGUCACACACACGUGACGAAUGCACACACACACACACACACACACACACAGUCACACACACGUGACGAAUGCACACACACACACACACAAAUGCACGAACAAACACUUAACAUUACUAAAACUCAGAAAUGUAACAUAAGGUGAAUUCUUUUUUGAAAAGAAAUUAGCAAAUUUCAAGAUCUCCUGAAUAAAGAAAGGAUGGAUAAAUAAAUAAAGUAAAUGAAUGAAUCAGUAAAUGGUGUGUUGCAGGGAAUAGACGUGAAGUCUAUGGGCCGGAUCUUUGUGGGGCUGGUGAAGUGUGGAGCGUGGGGCUGCUUUGAUGAGUUUAACCGCCUGGAGGAGGCUGUGUUGUCUGCAGUGUCCAUGCAGAUACAGGGUAUCCAGAACUCACUGAAGAACCACAGGACCAGCUGUGAGCUGCUGGGCAAGGAGGUGACCACACAGUCACACAGUCACUUAGGCAUGCUUGGCACGCAGAUACUUGUAUGGUAUAUUGCAUGCUGGUAUUUUAAACGCUCUCUCUUGCUCUCUCGCUCUCUCUCCAUGUUAGGUGGAGUUGGACCCUAACUCGGGGGUGUUUAUAACGUUGAACCCGGCUGGGAAGGGUUAUGGAGGGAGACAGAAGCUGCCUGACAACCUGAAGCAGCUGUUCAGGCCCGUGGCCAUGUCCCGACCAGACAACGAGCUCAUCGCUGAGGUCAUCCUCUACUCAGAGGGCUUCAAAGACGGAGAGAUACUGGGUCGCAAGCUGGUCGCCAUCUUCAACCUCGCCAGGUGUGUCUUUGUGUCUAUUUCAAAGGGAUAGUGCAACAUUUUGGCAACUAAGCCCCCUUUUGACUUACCCAAAGUCAGCUGAACUCAUGGAUAACAUUGUUAUGUCUCUGUGUGCAGUAAACUUUCAGUAUACAAAUGGUAUCCAUGAGUUCAUCUGACUAGAAAAGUGGCUUGAUUGCUAAAAUCUCUCACUAUCCCUUUAAUAGGUCUCUGUAUCUGUUUAUAGGGAUAUGUUUUGUGACUGGGUGUGUAUGUAUCUACUAUGUCUGAGUGUGUAACAUGUAUGGACUGUGUGUAGGGAGCUCUUGACCCCCCAGCAGCACUACGACUGGGGGCUGAGGGCACUGAAGACAGUGCUGAGGGGUUGUGGCAGUCUGCUGCAGCAGCAGAGGAGGAGUGAGGCCAAGAACAAGAGUAAGACCGUCUAAACUUACACUUACUCCCCUCCCCCCAAACAUCCCUAAUAGCCAAAUAUCCCCCUAAAAACGGUCCUCUGUCUCAGCCUUUGGGCUCUCUCUCCUCUCUCUGUCCUUUUGUCCUUUUCCUCAAACACUGGUCUUAGCUGAGUUGUUUUCCUCCCCCAUCCCUCUCGCCCCUCUUUGCCUCUUCCUCUCUCCCUCCCCCUCUCUCUGACCUCUCCCCGCCUGGUUAGUCAUAUCUCUCUGAUCCCCGGUUGAUUGCUUUGUCUCUCUCUCUCUCUCUCUCUCUCGCUCUCUGUCAUCGGUCUCUCCGGUCUGUCUAUCUCUCGGGUCUCAGUCUCUCUCGCUCUGUCUCUGUAUCUCUGAUCUCUCUGCUCUCUCUGUCUCUGUCUCGUCUUCUCUCUCUCUCUAUCUCUGUCUCUCUCUCUAAUCUGCUCUCUCUCUCUCUCUGUCUCUCUCUCUCUGUCCUCUCCUCUCUCUUUCUUCUCUGUCUCUCUCUCUCUGUCUCUCUCUCUCUCUCUGUCUCUCUCUCUCUAUGAUCUCUGUCUCUCUCUCUCUCUGUCCCUCGCUCAUCUCUCGCUCUCUCUCGCUCUCUCUCUCUCUCUCUCUCUCUCUCUCUCUCUCUCUCUCUCUCUCUCUCUGUCUCUGUCUCUCCUCUCUCUCUGUCGUCCGCUGUCUCUCUCUCUCUCUGUCCCUCUCUCUCUCUCGCACUCUCUUCUCUCUCUCUCUCUUCCUCUCUCUCGUCCCCCUCCUACUCUUGUCCUCAAUCUUUUUCGUCUUAUCUGCUUGUCUGUCCUCUAUUCGUCUCUCUUUCUCUUAGUCUUACUUCUCUCGUCUCUCUCUCUCUCUCUCUGUCUCUCUCUUGCUCUCAGUCUUUCUCUCUCGUUCUCUCUCGCUCUGUCGUGUCUGUCCUCCUCUCUCUCUCUCUCUCUCUCUCUCUCUCUCUCUCUCUCUCUCUCUCUCUCUCUCUCUCUCUCUCUCUCUCUCUCUCUCUCUCUCUCGUCUACUCUAUUUGUCAGACAGCACGUUUGUCCCUGGGUCUUGCUCUGUUUGCUCCCUCUAUUGUCAGGCAAAAUGUUCCAGUGAAAAACCAUCCCUGCUCCUUUUUCUGUGCCUCUAGUACCAGCAGCUUUACAAAAGUAUCGAUGCACUCUAAAUCAUGACACGGGUCGUAAUUAGCACAUUUUAUAAAGCUGCUGAUGUAGCUAGUAGCAACACAGUGUAGCAGAAUAACAAAGAAACAAGUUAACUUUUAUACAAAUGAACUCCUCUCUCCCAUGUAUCCCCUCUCUGUCUCUGCCUCCACCCCUCUCUAUCUCUGUGUUCCCUCUCUAUCUCUGUGUUCCCUCUCUAUCUCUGUGUUCCCUCUCUAUCUCUGUGUUCCCUCUCUAUCUCUGUGUUCCCUCUCUGGCUCUGCCUCCACCCCCUCUCUAUCUCUGUGUUCCCUCUCUGGCUCUGCCUCCACCCCCUCUCUAUCUCUGUGUUCCCUCUCUGGCUCUGCCUCCACCCCCUCUCUAUCUCUGUGUUCCCUCUCUGUCUAUGUGUUCCCUCUCUGGCUCUGCCUCCACCCCCUCUCUAUCUCUGUGUUCCCUCUCUGGCUCUGCCUCCACCCCCUCUCUAUCUCUGUGUUCCCUCUCUGGCUCUGCCUCCCCCCUCUCUAUCUCUGUGUUCCCUCUGUUCUGCCUCCACCCUCUCUAUCUCUGUGUUCCCUCUCUGGCUCUGCCUCCACCCCUCAUCUAUUAUCUCUGUGUUCCCUCUCUGGCUCUGCCUCCACCCUCUCUGUCUCUGUGUUCCUCUCUGGCUCUGCCUCCACCCCCUCUCUAUCUAUGUGUUCCCUCUCUGGCUCUGCCUCCACCCCUCUCUAUCUCUGUGUUCCCUCUCUGGCUCUGCCUCAACCCCCUCUAUAUCUCUGUGUUCCCUCUCUAUCUCUGUGUUCCCCAGUCAAGGAGAGUGUUCUGGUGGUGCAGGCACUGAGGUUGAACACCAUGUCCAAGCUGACAUUUGCAGACAGCAGCAGGUUUGAUGCCUUGGUCCAAGAUGUGUUCCCUGGGGUGGGCUUCACUGACGUGGAGGACCAGACCCUCAGUCACGCCCUGCAGGCCGUAUACGAGGAGGCACACCUCCAACUCAUACCCAGCCAGGUGGGGGACUGUGGCCGUGUGUGUGUGUUUGUGGGACACUCCUCAUACAUGAUGAAAGCUCUGGUCUGGAGUUGUAUGAGCUGUUUUAGUCAAGAGGAUAGAAGAAAGGAUGGAUGUCGGGAUGGAUGGAUGUAGGGAUGGAUGGAUGUAGGGAUGGAUGGAUGGAUGGAUGUAGGGAUGGAUGGAUGGAUGGAUGUAGGGAUGGAUGGAUAAAGUAGUUUUUCUCUGUAGAUGAAGAAGGCUCUGGAGCUGUGUGAGCAGUUGAGACAGCGUAUGGGAGUGGUGAUCGUAGGCCCCAGCGGGGCAGGUAAAUCUACUCUGUGGAGGAUGCUGCGUGCCGCCCUGGGCAGGACAGGCAGGGUGGUGAGUAUACACCUGAUUAAUCAUGAUAAUCACAAUCCUUAUAUUGUUAUUCUGUCUGCGUUACCCUCCCAGGAAAAGCUCUGUGCCCUAGUUAUCUUUAAUCAUAAUCGUAUUAAUAUUUUAUUAAUGUAACAUUACAGUUAGCAAUAGAAUGUCAUUUGAGAUGCAGCCACUGACCUAUGCCACCGAACAACUUGGUCCCUGCCUGUCCUUGUCGCUGUCAUGGUGGGUCUAGGUGAAGCAGUAUACAGUGAACCCUAAAGCCAUGCCCCGCCAGCAGCUGCUGGGUCACAUAGACAUGGACACUAGGGAGUGGACUGACGGGGUUCUCACAAACAGCGCCAGGCAGGUGGUCAGAGAACCACAGGGUAAGAACCACUACCGGGAAACAACCACAACACAACCAUGAGGCCAGACUGCAUCUUUUAGACGUAUUAGAAGAAGUAUUCUAUUCUACUCUGAAAGAUAGUGACAGUGAAAGUUAAACAAGCCAUAGAAAGUUGGUUGCAAUUUCAGUUUAAUCCACCAAAGACAGAACAAAUAUUACAACAAAUAUUAUGGUUAAACUCAAAUAUACUAAUUGAUGAUUUUUUUAUUUCUUUUGGUGGGGGGAAAUGAUAUCAUAUAUAGGACUGGUUAAGUUAUGUCUCACAUGCAGCUAAUAUAAAUAUAUGGAAAUGUCUGCUCUAUCCAAAAUUACAACCAACUAAUUGCAGCAUUACUGCAAAAUUGGAAGAGGCAAGUGGAAGGGGGAGAAAGUAAGGAACUUGUCUGUUGGCCCUGCAUUAAAGACCAAGAUUGGUUAAAGAAAAUUAUGAUAAAUAAAAAAGUAUACCAGUUUCAUUUCAGGACCAAAACAUUUACAGCUGUGCCAUACAGAUUUCAAAAUAGUUUGGAAGAGAUUUUUGAUGUAAUGCUGGAUUCAAAACAUAGUUUUUCUAUUUAAAUUAUUAUACAAAAUUCUUGCAAACAAUAGAAUGUUAUAUAUACAGUAUGGGUGAUACAACCAUCCCAGCUCUGCAGAUGUUGCUGCGAAGAGACAGACUCAUUAGAUCAUUUGUUUUGGUAGUGUCCAUAUGUAGCUUGUUUUUGGUCACAGGUUCAGGAAUGGCUGAAGAAUUGCAACAUUUACCUGGAGUUAACUCUGCAGAUAGCCCUGCUGGGUGAUCUGAAAAGUCAUAGUCAAUCGAUCAAUAAUAGAAUAAUGCUCUUAGAAUUUUUUUGAAUCUUUAAUUUACAAUUUGUAGAAACUAUGAGAAUGGAAAGGUUCUGAACUUUUGUGAAACAUCACAGCAUAGUUUAAAAAUAUCUGGCAAAGAAAUCAAAACUGGAUGGUGUUCAGAGAAAGAUGGGAGGGGUUGAGGGUGGAAUUUAAAACAAACAAAAGAUAACUCAUGUAAAAUAUACUGUGUCUGUAAAAUGUAAAUAGUAUGUAUACACUGGAAGUAGAAGCCUAAGUGUUGUUGUCCAUUAGUUUACUCCAAUUAGGGGAGGGGUGGUAGGGUUAGGGGAAAAUAAUAAAGGAAAAUAUAUUUAAAUAUAUGUACAGUACCAGUCAAAAGUUUGGACACACCUACUCAUUCAAGGGUUUUUCUUUAUUUUUGCUAUUUUUUACAUUGUAGAAUAAUAGUGAAGACAUCACAACUAUGAAAUAACACAUAUGGAAUCAUGUAGUAACUAAAAAAGUGUUAAACAAAUUUGUCAAAAAGCCACCCUUUGCCUUGAUGACAGCUUUGCACACUCUUGGCAUUCUAUCAACCAGCUUCACCUGGAAUGCUUUUCCAACAGUCUUGAAGGAGUUCCAACAUAUGCUGAACACUUGUUGGCUGCUUUUCCUUCACUCUGCUGUCCGAUUCAUCCCAAACCAUCUCAAUUGGGUUGAGGACGGGGAUUGUGGAGGCCAGGUCAUCUGAUGCAGCACUCCAUCACUCUCCUUCUUGGUAAAAUAGCCCUUACACAGCAUGGAGGGGAGUUGGGUCAUUGUCCUGUUGAAAAACAAAUGAUAGUCCCACUAAGCCCAAACCAGAUGGGAUGGCGUAUCGCUGCAGAAUGCUGUGGUAGCCAUGCUGGUUAAGUGUGCCUUGAAUUCUAAAUAAAUCACAGACAGUGUCACCAGCAAAGCACCCCCACCCCAUAGCACCUCCUCCUCCAUGCUUUACGGUGGGAAAUACACAUGCGGAGAUCAUCCGUUCACCCACACCGCAUCUCACAAAGACACGCGGUUGGAACCACAAAUCUCCAAUUUGGACUCCAGAACAAAGGACACAUUUCCACCGGUCUAUUGUCCAUUGCUCAUGUUUCUUGGCCCAAGCAGGUCUCUUCGUCUUAUUGGUGUCCUUUAGUAGUGGUUUCUUUGCAGCAAUUCAACCAUGAAGGCCUGAUUCACACAGUCCCCUCUGAACAGUUGAUGUUGAGAUGUGUCUCUUACUUGAACUCUGUGAAACAUUUAUUUGGGCUGCAAUUUCUGAGGCUGGUAACUCUAAUGAAUUUAUCCUCUGCAGCAGAGGUAACUCUGGGUCUUCCAUUCCUGUGGCAGUCCUCAUGAGAGCCAGUUAGUUUCAUCAUAGCACUUGAUGGUUUUUGCGACUGCACUUGAAUAAACUUUCAAAGUUCUUAAAUUUUUCCGGGAUUGACUGACCUUCAUGUCUUAAAGUAAUGAUGGACUGUCGUUUCUCUUUGCUUAUUUGAGCUGUUCUUGCCAUAAUAUGGACUUGGUCCAUACCUACCUUGUCACAACACAACUGAUUGGCUCAAACACAUUAAGAAGGAAAUAAAUUCCACAAGUUACAUUUUAAGAAGGCACACCUGUUAAUUGAAAUGCAAUCCAGGUGACUACCUCAUGAAGCUGGUUGAGAGAAUGCCAAGUGUGCAAAGCUGUCAUCAAGGCAAAGGGCGGCUAUUUGAAGAAUCUCAAAUAUAAAAUAUAUUUUGAUUUCUUUUAACACUUUUUAGGUUACUACAUGAUUCCAUAUGUGUUAUUUCAUAGUUUUGAUGUCUUCACUAUUAUUCUACAAUGUAAAAAUAUAGAAAAACCCUUGAAUGAGUAGGUGUGUCCAAACUUUUGACUGGUAGUGUAUAUUUAUAAAAAAUAUAUAUGGGGGAUUGGAAAAGAUGCAGACAAUUACAUUGAUAGAAGCCACAAUCUAUUUGCAAAAUUAAAACUGAUCCAAAAAAGUAACCCUGAGUUACCCUGAUGUUAGCCAUUAUGUGUGUGUUCCAGAGGUGAGCUCGUGGAUCAUCUGUGACGGGGACAUAGACCCAGAGUGGAUCGAGUCGUUGAACUCUGUGUUGGACGACAACCGUCUGCUGACCAUGCCCAGUGGAGAGAGGAUUCAGUUUGGACCCAACAUCAACUUUGUCUUCGAGACACACGACCUCAGCUGUGCCUCACCAGCCACAAUCUCACGCAUGGGCAUGAUUUUCCUCAGGUUGGUGUGUGUGUUUUGUGUGUGUGUGUGUGGUCCUUGAUGGGUUAACCUACAGUCAUUGUUCUAGUCGCGUUCUAACCCCCCGUCUUCUCUCUGUAGUGAUGAGGACACAGAUGUGAGUGCGUUGGUCAAGUCAUGGCUGAAGGGUCAGCCUGAUGAGUGUCGCAGUAACCUGGAGAACUGGAUGGGAGACUACUUCCACAGAGGCCUGGACUGGGUGCUUAAACAGGUGAUGCAUACUGAUACUGCCCUCUACUGGUCAUAAUCAAUAGCAUCAACUGGAUUUAUGUAGCAAAGUGGAGUUUUACCCGAAAUAUACUGUAGUGGAUUGGAUAUUUUGUGUUCAUAACUGUUACCCUUCUGACUCUCUCUCUCUCUCUCGCUCUCUGUCUGUCUGUCUGUCUGUCUGUCUGUCUGUCUGUCUGUCUGUCUGUCUGUCUGUCUGUCUGUCUGUCAGAAUGACUUCGUGGUGGAGACCAGUCUGGUAGGGACGGUGUUGAACGGUCUGUCUCACCUGAGUGGGGUCACAGAGCGUGGUCAGUUUGUGGUUAGUCUCAUCAGAGGGCUGGGCGGGAACCUCAACCUCAAAUCACGACAGGACUUCGCCAAGGAGGUGAGACGAGGCGGUCAAUCCAUUCAUCCAUUCAUCAGUCCAUCCAUACAUUCAUCCAUCCAUUUAUUUACAUUUUAGUCAUUUAGCAGACGCUCUUAUCCAGAGCGACUUACAGUUAGUGAGUGCUUGCCCCCCCCGUGGGAAACGAACCCACAACCCUGGCGUUGCAAGUGCCAUGCUCUACCAACUGAGCUACAGGGGACUUAUCCAUCCAUCCGUUUAUCCAUUUAGCCAUCCAUCCAUCCGUUUAUCCAUUUAGCCAUCCAUCCAUCCGUUUAUCCAUUUAGCCAUCCAUCCAUCCGUUUAUCCAUUUAGCCAUCCAUCCAUCCGUUUAUCCAUUUAGCCAUCCAUCCAUCCGUUUAUCCAUUUAGCCAUCCAUCCAUCCAUUAAUCAACUAAUAAACGUCCUCAUCAUUAUGUGCGUGUGCGUUCCCUGCAGGUGCUGGGCUGGGCUAGAGAGAGCCCUCCUGACCCGAGGAAGCCCCUGGACACCUACUAUGACCCUGAGUCUGGUCGGCUGUGUGCGUACUCUCUGGAACGUCCUGACGGCCUCAGCCUGGAAGAGGUCACACACACUCACACACUCCCCGUCAUCCAGACCCCCGACAUGCAGAGAGGACUGCACUGCUUCUCCCACUGGCUCUCCUCCCAGCACAGACAACCCUUCAUACUGGUGGGGCCUGAGGGCUGUGGCAAGGGGUAAACACACACACGGGAUGUAUAAUACACUCUAGCCAGAUCAUGUACACACUCCUCUUACUAUUCAGGGAGAAUGGUAUGACACACACUUAUGUCUCCAGGCGUGUUUUAUUUAAGGCGUGACCUUUCUUAGAAUAGCACAGCGGACCGAGGGGCAGGCGGGGGGCAGAGACUUGUUGAAUCUACAGUCAUUAUUGUCAUCCCAGGGGCACGCAGUAGAGGGAGGGCAUCUCUGAUUGGCUUUUACGCUCCACUUGAGCCCCCCCCCCCCAUGAAACACAAAAACACACACACUCUCACACACACACAACCCUAAUCUCGCAGAAAUGUCAGGGCGCCAUGGAAACGCUUGUCAUCCCUGUCUGAUGAAAAAACAUCUACUUAAUUUCCACUGCUGCCCUCAGAGAAACACACACACACACACACACACACAAACACACAUCCCAAUUAUCCUAUCUCAGUUUGCACCCUCACAAAAUGUCCCCCCCCCCCCUCGCCCUGAGCUUUGUCUCACAAACUCAGUUAAACAGACCCCUGCGGCAUCAACAGUUUUCAAUUCUCCUCUCUCCUCUCUUCUCCUCUCCUCUCUUUUCCUCUAUCAUCCUCUGAUAUCUAACCUCUGUCAUGACUCAUGUCCUCCUUCAAUGUUAUGGUCUGGCUUCUCUACUUGGCAUUCAGCCUAUGUUCUGUAUGUGUGUGUUCUUCUCCAGUAUGCUGCUGCGCUAUGCGUUCUCUCGGCUGCGUUCCACCCAGGUAGCGGUGGUCCACUGUAGCGCCCAGACCUCGUCUCGUCACGUCCUCCAGAAGCUCAGUCAGACCUGCCUGCUGCUCAGUUCCAACACGGGCCGAGCCUACAGACCCAAAGACUGUGAGAACCUGGUCCUCUACCUCAAAGACAUCAACCUGCCCAAGCCUGACAAGUGGGGCACCAGCAACCUCAUCGCCUUCUUACAGCAGGUACACAAUACACUACAAUACAUCACAGUACAAUACAUCACAGUACAAUACAGUACAAUACACUACAUCACAGUACACUACAUUUACAUUUUAGUCAUUUAGCAGACGCUCUUAUCCAGAGCGACGUACAGUUAGUGAGUGCAUACAUUUUCGUACUGGGGAACGAACCCACAACCCUGGCGUUGCAAGCGCCAUGCUCUACCAACUGAGCUACAGGGGACUAUACAAUACAGCACAGUACACUACAAUACAGCACAGUACACUACAAUAUAGCACAGUACACUACAAUAUAGCACAGUACACUACAAUACAGUACAAUACAGUACACUACAAUACAGUACACUACAAUACAAUACAGUACAAUACAAUACAGUACAAUACACUAAUAAUAAUAAUAAUAAUAAUACAACUAAUAAUUUCUUACAUUUCUGUAGAGCUUUUCAUAGAAUCUCAAAGCACUUCAAGAGCAAAAAAACAAAGAAGCAAUAUAUCAGGACAGGUCAACCAAUAGAGGCCAAGCAGCGUCCUCUGAAGAUGGAGAGGGUCAGUUCAUGGCUUGAGCAAAGGGAGCUGGACAGAGGAUGGUAGAUGAUGUUGAUGGAGUCUGCUGAUGAUCUUGUAGAGGUCAAGUCAGGGAACCAGCCACUGGACUUCUCCUCUUCCACUCUGUGUAGCACCCACUUGGGUGGUGCCUCAGCAGCUCUGGGCGCCAGAAAGCUCACCACACAAAGUUGUUAAUAGUAGCCAGGCGUCCUCACUACGAGCCUCAGCACUGCUGUUUUCCUCUAGCUCCCAUUCCUCUCACACUUCAGGCGACCCCUCAAAUUACUGUAUGUUCUCAAAAGCUCAGGAAUUGGCAGCCAGGUGAAACAUAAAAUAUGUUAUUGUGUCCAGAUGCAUUUUUCAAACAAAUACUGUACAAUGCAAUACAACGCAACAUAACGAAAUCCAACUCAACUCAAUGCAACACAAUACUGAAAAUACAUUAUUUCUUGAUCGAUGUGUAAGACAGAAAUGAGUCAAGCUGUCAUAACGUGACAAAGUUCUCCUCUCUCUCCCUUGUAUGUUCUAGGUGCUGACGUACCAUGGGUUCUAUGAUGAGAACCUGGAGUGGGUGGGUCUGGAGAACGUCCAGGUGGUGGCCUCCAUGUCAGCAGGAGGCGCUGUGGGACGUCACACACUCACCUCCCGCUUCACCUCCAUUGUGCGCAUCUGCACCAUAGAGUGAGUACGGACACACAGACACAGACCAGAGUAUGUGAGCGGAGCUGGAGCGGAGCGAGGAGCGGAUCGUUCCCAAUUUGACUGGAGGGCGGAGAGAGAUUCCCAAAGGCUGGAGCGUCAUCCUUCUCUCCCGCUCCAACUUGGCUCCAGUAGCGCUCACUUCACCAGCUCAGGGCGUGCCUUCCCAGCAUGCAUUUGUAGUCUACUUGUGCUGCUAUAUUAUAGCCCCUUGCUUUAGCUACUGUCAUGGAGUUCGCUAAAUAUUUUCAGCAAGAAACUGAUCAAACACACAGGUGCUCAAUCAAGGUGACUUACAAAGAUGAGGACCAAGAGCAAGAGAGGGAGUGUGGUGAUGCAGUGUCCACAACUAAAGAAUCAUUGUGGAAUCUGAAAAGGCACGUAUCAUGAAAGCAUGAUGGUGUACUUACUACGUGCACAUGCUAACAGAAAGGAAUGAGGUGGGUAGAUAACUAAGUGUGUCAUUGUAGCAAAGUAUUUAUAAAUAAAAAAUCAGAUCUCUUAAACGUUUCAUUUUCGUUCUAUUAUCUAUACAAUAGGCCAUCAUUGAUUUUGGCCCAAUAGGCCUGGCAUUUUCCCACAUUCAAGGAGCUUUCCGUUUUGAUUGGGUUAUUUUGCCUAAAUUGCUUAUUUCAUUAAUUAUUUCAGUCAUGUUGUCAGAAGAUUCUGGGAGCAGCAUUACACACUGUCCACUAACAGUUAGCCCCAAUGCUGAGCAAUAUCCCCCUUGGUAUGCCAAUAGAUAGUCUAAAGCCAUUUCCUGACGAGCCACUACGGCUUUUAAGUUUUGUACAUCAAGGGAGAGUUGGGUAAAGCCUUUGACAGUCAAAUGAAUGUGUGCCAGCAGAGAAUAGUUAUUCACCCACUUGGACAGGAUAGCAACACCAACCCCUGGGAACAGUACCAUUCCCACAAUCUCCCCCGGUUUAAGAACAUGACCAUGAGCUUUAUCAUUAUCAGGAACACUUCUUUUAGCUCUGGUCCUUUUAGUCAUAUUCUCUCUGGCCUCUAGCAUGUCACGAAGGGGGAUUGAGGUAAUAGGGAGCUUAGUUUCUCCCAGAUAACAACACCCCUGCCAGUUCAGCGGAAGCUGGAGGUAUCCAUUACCUCCACAUAUCCACAUGUGCCCAUGGGGAAUCACCACUCCCAUCCUGAUAGUAGACAUAUUAAUGCCAGUAAUCUGCUGACCAAAUUGUAAGAUAUGCCACUCAGUCAUUUUGUGUCUGAUUGUCUCAUCUAGGAGUCCUGCAUAGUUUUCCUAUAUGGACAUUCCCUUAGUUACAGAUGCAUAGUGGUGGACUGUGCUGGUACUAUCCCUGUCACCACAGGUUCUAUAGUUCCUCUACCCAAAUGAGUGGCCCAUUGGUGUUUUUUGGGGGGGUAAGGGCACUCUGCUGCCUGAUAGACUGUAAUGUGGCUGCUGUCCUACCCCCUCCCAUUUCCCCUGGUUGGCCGAAAUGUAGAUUCCUCAUACCUAGUUUUGUUAUCAGCUUUAAUGUGUGGGACUUGUACAUGGUUAGAGAGUCUCCCUAGGAUAGUUUCUCUGUUACUAUCCGUAUUAGUGACAAUAUAUAGAAAUAUGCCUUGUCCUUUGUUAACUUUAUCUCAUUGUAUAAAGUGGAGAUAUCCAUAUGUAAUAUCGUCCUCUGAUAGAGUUUUUUUCCAUAGUACCAAAUAGCUCACCCGCUGAAGAAGGUUUUGGGAGCAUCAUUAUUCUGGACCCAUUUGGUGUUGCCCUCCUACCCAGGCCCCGCAGCAUAUUAACCCAGGAAUUGGUUGACUUCAAUUGGUUGUUGUGUAUUUCCACCCCGAUACUGAGGAAGCAAGCGGAGCACAGAUUAUUACACAUAACACAGCACAUUCAUGGCCCAGUGGAUGUGGCUCACGGCCUCCCCUCCUCUCUCCAUGGAGUCCAUGCAGAACUGUUGAGUCUUCAUCAGGUGGCAGGUUCUGGUCAUUCUUCAGUCUUUUGGUGUUUGGUUCUUCACCUUCUGGCAGUGUGACAGGUGGUGCCAUCCCUGUCUCUUGGUCACUCUGACAGCCGUCGGGGUAGCCUGGAUCACUUGGUAUGGUCCCAUCCAUCUUGGCUGGUUCCUUCAGUUUCACCCAGUCUCUGAUUUGGACAGGGAUGUUGUCUUUAUCCUCUCCGGCUGGCACUUCCUGGGCUUUCCUAGAGUGAGAAUACAGACACCUAACUGUAGAAGUUAGUUCCUCCAUAUAUCCUAACAGGUCAUCUUCCAGUCUAGUCAGGUCUGUCUGUUUGUCAUUCAUGGGCCUAUGAGAUGGGACAUUCAUGGGAUGGCCUGUUAACAUCUCAUGAGGGCUAUACCCAGUGCCUCUGUUGGGGCUGCUUCGCAUUUUCAUCAACCCAGGUUUUACCUGUCGAGUGAUAGAUACAGACACAUUUCUGAUCUAUCCCCAGCAUAAGGGCAAUUUGGGCUAUGACAUCUCCAGUGAAAUGGGUAUUAUUGUCUGCAGACAAGGUUUCUGGUAUUUUGAAUCUAGGGAAUAUUUUCCUUACCAGAAUUUUAGCUACUGUUUUAGCAUCACAGUGGGUAGUAGGAAAUGCCUCAUUAUUACUAAACAGUAGUGCUUUCUCCUUUCUCUCAGUCAUAUCAAUACAAUCCAUUGGAAUAUGUGUAAAUGGGCCACUAGGUGAGGGGAAAUUACCAGAUUUAAGUGGUGUCCCCUUGUUAAUGUUGUAUUGUAUGCACGUGACGCAUUUAAAAAUGUGUUGUUUCACAUGUUCUGUUAAAAUUUGGGCAAAACCAAUCUUGUGAAAUCUUGGUUACCAUGUGCCAUUUCGGCAAAACCGACGGGAUAAGCUGUGUUGGCAACACAGGUUUACCUGAAAGGUGUUGUCUCCAGAGGCCAUCAGGGCCCCUGGGAGCAACCUCUGGCCUCCCAAAGGGAGGGAGACGUGUGGUCAGUCGCCUGUUGGUUGUUGCAAAUCAACAACAGGGGAGGCCACAGCAGAAGCCAGAUACACAGCAUGGGUGUGACACCUUGCAGCAUUAGCUUUAGCAGCCAUGACAGCAAGGUCAUUUCCUUUACUGGCCUCAUCUUGGUUACCCGUAUGGGCCUGGACUUUAAGAAUGGCCAAUUUAGCAGGAAGUUUCAUAGCCGAAAUGAGAGCCAAAACGUAAGAUUUGUUCUUAAUAGGGGUCCCUGAUGCAUUGGUGAAUCCUCUAGCCUUCCAAACACCUGCCCAUGAUAAACAUACACCAAUUGCGUUGGCAGAGUCUUGAGUAAAUGUUAGCUGUUUUUCCCUCAGCAGCCUCACAAGCUGUGGUGAGAGCUAGUAACUCUGCUUGUUGUGCAGAGAAAUGAUCAGAGAGGGACUGCUCUAUGUGUAGUGAUUUAUCUAUAGUUCUUACAGCAAAAACCUGCAUGUUUCCUUCCCGUCGUCUGAUCAAUGUAAGCCGACCCAUCUACGAAAAGUGUCAUGUCAGCCAACUCAAGAGGUUCAUCAAAUAGGUCAGGUCUUGCUUUUGCGUCAAGUUCUAUUAGUUCAGGAAGUUCUAUUAGUUCAGGAAGUUCUAUUAGUUCAGGAAGUUCUAUUAGUUCAGGAAGUUCUAUUAGUUCAGGAAGUUCUAUUAGUUCAGGACACACGUGUGGGGUUCCUUAGCCAGUUCCACCUCUGCCUCUUCUGAAGGCCCGGCUGUGGUUCCAACCUCCCUGGUCCACAGCAGUGGGGCACUGGUGUCUCAUAUGUCCAGCUAUACCACAUCCCCAGCAGACUAUAGGCUCACCUGUGUGCCUGCUCUGGUAGGUUUGAUAGGGCUGGAAUGGCUGUGGAUUACCAUAAGGCUGUGGGGGAAACUGUACCUGUUGAGCUGGGGCCGCUGCAGGGGACCAUGGUGGUGGGACAGACGUUGGAGCUGGUGCAGGUGCUGGAGCACUCAGCAUCAAUGUAUCUGGCUUGCUACUUUUCUCUAGUGCAGCCAGUUGGGCCUUCUGGAGUUGUGUCUGCAGGCCUGUUUUCUUAGAUUUUUUUUUUUCCGGUCUUCUUCCAGAACUUACAGUGGUGUCUCGUGGUCUUCUUUCUCAGGGCCAUCUUUGCGGUCCCAGCCAACCACUUCUUUCAGUUUCAGUUGUACCGCUUCUGGUAGGUUUCUGCAGGCUCUGUCAUAGAAUAGUUAUUCAGUGGUUAGGGUGUUAUCAUACCUUUCACCAGUCUCAUUUCUUCUUGUUUCUUCAUUCUCUCCACAUCAUGGUAGUAUUUCUGUCGGAGCGCCAGCUCUUCAGCUGCUAUUCUGUCUUCCAUGUCUUGUCUGGCUCCUGGGGAGAAAGCACCUUCUGUGUCUCCUUCCCAUCUUAUCUUGUAUUCGCUUUCUCUUCUCCGUCUUUCCUCUUCAUCCUCUCUCUCUCUAUCCCUUUGUCUUGCAUCCUCUCUCUCAAACACUUCUUUAUCUCUCUGUUUCCUUGCUUCACUUUCUUUCAGCCCCUCCCUCCUUUAUUGUUCUCUUCUCCGGUCCUCUUGUUCUCCCAUCACCGACCACCCUAUCCUUACAUACGGAUACUUUGGCUUGGUAGCUGGGAGUGGUUUAGUUCUGGCAUCCAGGCUUAGUUUAUUCAGUUCAGCUGAUAGUCUGGUUGCCACAGAGGGCCCUGACCCGGGGUUUGUGGAACUCUCUUCUCCCUCUUCGGUUUCUUCCAGGGUGCCCCUAAUGAUGACUGUUUUUGUUCUUUGCACAGUGCUGAUAUUAUCUUAUUCUUAAACAAACUUUAAGCUUUAGAAAAUGACACAGACAACGGCUUCUGAGUAUAUGUAAAAUAUAUUUAGUUAUGCAACUGCAGGCAGAAGUUAAUACAGAGUCAACAGGAUUUGUAUAGCUCUUCAUAAGUUCUGCUUUUCAUACAAGCACGCCCCUCCCUGGCAGAUCAGGAGCCACUUGGUUUUCUUCUUGUGGCUGUGUGUAAGCAACGAGAAAUUGAAACAAUACAGGUCUGUCUGUUCCUCAAGUUUAUCUCUAUCCCGUGUCCUUGACUACACGCCCAGACCAGCUACAGGGAGCUAGAGUGAACCAUCCUUAUGAAAAGCACAGCACUGGUAGUUAAGAAAUGUCUCUAUUGUUAAGCAUAUUAAUUGUUAAACAAAUCAGGUAAAUACGUGAUCAUUCUCUCACACUCCUGACCUCAUUAGAGUGUUUAUAUGCUGUUUAAUACGACAUGUAGCCUAUUUGAAAUGAUGAGCGCUUCUUCCAUUCACCUUUUCACGUUUGUUAUAAUACUUUUCAUUCAAAUCAUAUGGUUUGGUUUUAAUGCUUAAAAAACAAUUGGUAGGUACAGGUAGUCACAGAAGUUGAUGGGUGUUGGUUAAAUUGUGAUUUUAAUGAAUGGAGCGAAUUUGGAGCGGCAGUUCUUUUACCCUGUGAACAAGGAACGGUUUUUAGCGGAGCGGUAGGAAAUGACGUGGAGCGCCAGAGCGGAGCACAAGCACCAUUAGCGAUGAGCGGGAUUUUCGACCGCUCAACUCCGCUCACAUACUCAGACACAAACACACACACACACACACACACACACACACACACACACACACACACACACACACACACACACACACACACACACACACACACACAUUCCCACUUGCUCUCUUCUCUAGUUAUCCCAGACAGGGAGCAACUCCAGACCAUCUACUCUGCGUACCUGCAGCCUGUUCUCCAGAGGAGCCUUGGGAGCCAGGCAGCCUGGGCCAGCACUGGGAAAACACACCAGCUAGCAGGGUCUCUGGUACAGGUCUACGAACAGGUGUGUGUGUGUGUGUCUGUGCUGUCUCAGAUGAGUUCAUGUGUUAUCAGAGUAAAGCUUCAGCUUUAAGCUGCUCUAAUCUUUCCAAGCAGCAGCUUUAGAUUAGACUGCUCUUAUCCAGCACUUACUUAAUGCCUCUUAUAUCUAAUCCGCACUCUUAGGGAAGCAAAUCUAAACCACACACACACACAAACACAAACAAUACAGCCACUUAUUACACGGGUGUGUGUGUGUGGUUUAGAUUUGCUUCCCUAAGAGUGCGGAUUAGAUAUAACUUCUUAUAUACCUCUCUGGUCUCAGGUGAAGGCUAAGUUCACUGUGGAUGACCACAGCCACUACCUGUUCACUCCGUGUGUCCUCACCCAGUGGGUGCUCAGCCUGCUGCGAUACGACCUGACCGCAGGUGAGUCAACCACAACAGCACGGUCAAACCACGUGGUCAGAUCACACCUCACACCACUGCCUCUACUUCCACUCUCUCACAGUCCACUGGGACCUAUAGUCAGAUCACAGGGUUAAAUCACACGGUCAGACCGCAAUCAGUACACAAGGGUUUCCCAAACUAGGGGUCGCCUGAUUUGAAAAUGGGUUCGUGAGAGAAAAUGUGCGCUUGGUUCAUAGAACCGGGGUUACGUCAGUAACCUUCGGUAGCCGCUAGAUGCGGUUGUAAUAAACAGAGCGGUUUCUGUUUUUCUUCUUACAAAUGUGUCUCUGUCUUUUGAAUGGUUUAAGCUACAAAAUAUUAUGACCCCAUCACUGAAAGAUUAGACUCUCAGGAACACAUACAGUGCAUUCAGAAAGUACCCUUUGACUUUUUCCACAUUUUGUUACGAUACAGCCUUGUUUUUUCCCCUCAUCAAUCUACACACAAUACCCCAUAAUGACAAAGCAAAAACAGGUUUUUAGAAAUGUUUGCAAAUGUAUUAAAAACAUCAAACUGAAAUAUUACAUUUACAUAAGUAUUCAGAUCCUUUACUCAGUACUUUGUUGAAGCACCUUUGGCAGCGAUUACAUCCUCAAGUAUUUUUGGGUAUGACGCUACAAGCUUGGCACACCUGUAUUUGGGGAGUUUCUCCCAUUCUUCUCUGCAGAGCCUCUCAAGCUCUGUCAGGUUGGAUGGGGAGCGUCGCUGCACAGCUAUUUUCAGGCCUCAACAGAGAUGUUCGAUCGGGUUCAAGUCCGGGCUCUGGCAUGCCACUCAAGGACAUUCAGAGACUUGUCCUGAAGCCACUCCUGCAUUGUCUUGGCUGUGUGCUUAGGGUCUUUGUCCUGUUGGAAGGUGAACCUUCACCCCAGUCUGAGGUCCUAAGCGCUCUGGAGCAUCAAGGAUCUCUCUGUUCUUUGCUCCAUUCAUCUUUCCCACGAUCCUGACUAGUCUCCCAGUCCCUGCCGCUGAAAAACAUCACGACAGCAUGAUGCUGCCACCACCAUGCUUCACUGUAGGGAUGGUGCCAAGUUUCCCCCAGACAUGACGCUUGGCAUUCAGGCCAAAGAGUUCAAUCUUGGUUUCAUCAGACCAGAAAAUGUUUUUUUUAUGGUCUGAGAGUCCUUUAGGGGCCUUUUGGCAAACUCCAAGCGGGCUGUCAUAUGCCUUUUACUGAGGAGUGGCUUCUGAUUGGUGGAGUGCUGCAGAGAUGGUUGUCCUUCUGGAAGGUUCUCCCAUGUCCACAGAGGAACUCUAGAACUCUGUCAGAGUGACCAUCGGGUUCUUGGUCACCUCCCUGGUUCUCCCCUGAUUGCUCAGUUUGGCCGGGCGGACAGCUCUAGGAAGAGUAUUGGUGGUUCCAAACGUCUUCCAUUUGAUGGAGGCCACUGUGUUCUUGGAGACCUUCAAUGCUGCAGAAUGUUUUUGGUACCCUUCCCCAGAUCUGUGCCUCGACACAAUCCUGUCUCAGGGAUCUACGGACAAUUCCUUCGACCUCAUGGUUUGGUUUUUGCUCUGACAUGCACUGUCAACUGUGGGACCUUAUAUAGACAGAUAUGUGCCUUUCCAAAUCAUGUCCAAUCAAUUGAAUUUACCACAGGUGGACUUCAAUCAAGUUGUAGAAACAUCUCAAGGAUGAUCAAUGGAAACAGGAUGCACCUGAGCUCAAUUUCGAGUCUCAUAGCAAAGGGUCUGAAUACUUAUGUAAAUAAGGUAUUUCUGUUUUUUAUGUUUUAUACAUUUGAAACAAUUUAUAAGAACCUGUUUUCGGUUCGUCAUCAUGGGAUAUUGUGUGUAGAUUGAUGAGGAAAAACAUGUAUUUAAUCAAUUUUAGAAUAAUGCUGUAACGUAACAAAAUGUGGAAAAAGGGAAGGGGUCUGAAUACUUUCCGAAUGCACUGUAUGUGGAGUACCAGUCAAAAGUUUGGACACACCUACUCAUUCCAGGGUUGUUCUUUAUUUUUACUAUUUUCUACAUUCUAGAAUAAUAGUGAAGACAUCAAAACUAUGAAAUAACACAUAUGGAAUGUUCAACAAAUCAAAAUAUAUUUUAUAUUUGAGAUUCUUCAAAUAGCCACCCUUUGCGUUGAUGACAGCUUUGCACACUAUUGGCAUUCUCUCAACCAGUUUAAUGAGGUAGUCACCUGGAAUUCAUUUCAAUUAACAGGUGUGCCUUGUUAAAAGUUAAUUUGUGGAAUUUCUUUCCUUCUUAAUGCGUUUGAGCCAAUCAGUUGUGUUGUGACAAGGUAGGGGGGGGGUAUACAGAAGAUAGCCCUAUUUGGUAAAAGACCAAGUCCAUAUUAUGGCAAGAACAGCUCAAAUAAGCAAAGAGAAACGACAGUCCAUCAUUACUUUAAGACAUGAAGGUCAGUCAAUACGGAAGAUUUCAAGAAGUUUGAAAGUUUCUUCAAGUGCAGUCGCAAAAACCAUCAAGCGCUAUGAUGGAACUGGCUCUCAUGAGGACCGCCACAGGAAUGGAAGACCCAGAGUUACCUCUGCUGCAGAGGAUAUGUUCAUUAGAGUUACCAGCCUUAGAAAUUGCAGCCCAAAUAAAUGCUUCACAGAGUUCAAGUAACAGACACAUCUCAACAUCAACUGUUCAGAGGAGACUGUGUGAAACAGGCCUUCAUGGUCGAAUUGCUGCAAAGAAACCACUACUAAAUGACACCAAUAAGAAGAAGAGACCUGCUUGGGCCAAGAAACACGAGCAAUGAUCAUUGGACCGGUGGAAAUGUGUCCUAAUUGGAGAUUUUUGGUUCCAACCGCUGUGUCUUUGUGAGAUGCGUUGUGGGUGAACGGAUGAUCUCCGCAUGUGUAUUUCCCACCGUAAAGCAUGGAGGAGGAGGUGUUAUGGUGUGGGGGUUCUUUGCUGGUGACACUGUCUGUGAUUUAUUUAGAAUUCAAGGCACACAUAACCAGCAUGGCUACCACAGCAUUCUGCAGCGAUACUCCAUCCUAUCUGGUUUGCGCAUAGUGGGGCUAUCAUUGUUUUUUCAACAGGACAAUGACCCAACUCCCCUCCAUGCUGUGUAAGGGCUAUUUGACCAAGAAGGAGAGUGAUGGAGUGCUCCAUCAGAUGACUUGGCCUCCUCAAUCCCCCGACCUCAACCCAAUUGAGUUGUUUUGGGAUGAGUUGGACCGCAGAGUGAAGGAAAAGCAGCCAACAAGUGUUCAGCAUAUGUGGGAACUCCUUCAAGACUGUUGGAAAAGCAUUCCAGGUGAAGCUGGUUGAGAGAAUGCCAAGUGUGCAAUGCUGUCAUGAAGGCAAAGGGUGGCUAUUUGAAGAAUCUUAAAUCUCAGAUAUAUUUUGAUUUGUUUAACACUUUUUUAGUUACUACAUGAUUCCAUAUGUGUUAUUUCAUAGUUUUGAUGUCUUCACUAUUAUUCUACAAUGUAAAUAAUAGGACAAAUAAAGAAAAACCCUUGAAUGAGUAGGUGUGUCCAAUCUUUUGACUGGUAGUGUACAUCCUGUUUCCCUCUACUAUGCCCACAAGCCGUUAGAACCUAGUGGACAAGACCAGGCACCAAAUCAGACCGAGGGAAAAAGAUCAUCAUCAACAUUAUUGCCUGAUGAUCUUCUGAACUUCCCAAUACCUUUCUGAUGCAUUUCAGUCACUUCAAACCAUACUGUCUUCAGAUUUAAUUACUCUCUAAAAUACUGUCAGACUGAUUUUGUAAUAGACUGUCAUAGCCCAAAUAAACAUUGGCCAAAAUGGGGUUGAGGGGCCAAAAAAGUUUGGGAACACUUGCACUACACCAGGGUUCUUCAAUUCCGGUCCUGGAGGGCCGAAACACCUCUGUUUUUCAUCCUCUCCUUCUAAUCAGGGGCUAAUUCAGACCUGGGACACCAGGUGAGUGCAAUUAACUACCAGGUAGAAAUAAAAAACAGAAGUGUUUCGGCCCUCCAGGACCGGAAUUGAAGAACCCUGCACUACACCAUCUUUUUGGGACCCAUUUUGAGUUGUCACCAAAAAGUUUAAUAUCUUUCUGCAAUACUUAAAACUGCUAAUUGCAUGGGUUUUCUCGGUUGUUGCCGACUUCUCAUUAUUUGGUAACUGUCUUAACUUUAGACUGUACUGUUUAAUUCUAGCUGCUGUUGGAUAUUUCAGAAUAUCCUCUGAAAGUCAGUAGUUCUCUUCCUCUCCCUGCCUCCUGCAUUCACCAUCACUUUCAUCCUCUCUCCCUCUCUCCCCUGUUCUGCUGCCUCUGUCACCCGUCUCUUUCUCUUUCAUCAUCCUCUUCUCUCUGUCCUCCUUCAUCUCUCCCUCUGUCACUCCCUCCCUCCCUCCUGCAAUGUGUUCUCCCUGUGAUAGGGAGUCCAAUCAGUAAUUUUAAUUAAAAGCGUUUGCUGACAAACUUCUUUUUUUUUUCCCACGACUCAUCGUUUCUUUACUCUACUCUCUCUGCCCCUCCCUCGUCCUGCUUACCUUUUCUACACGGUAUGUCACAAUGCCCUCUCUCAUCACUUAAACUCUCUUCUCUGGUGUGUGAGUGUGUGUACACUGAGCUGUUUGGAUGCCGUGUGUCUUUUUGUAGUAUGGUCUAAUGUAGUAGUGUACACCGAGUGUACUAAACAUUAAGAACACCUGAUUUUUCCAUGACAUACUGACCAGGUGAAUCCAGGUGAACGCUAUGAUCCCUUAUUGAUGUCACAUGUUAAAUCCACUUUAGUCAGUGUAGAUGAACGGGAGGAGACAGAUUGAAGAAGGAUUUUUAAGCCUUGAGACAAUUAAGACAUGGAUUGUGUAUGUACGCCAUUCAGAGGGUGAAUGGGCAAGACAAAAGAUUUAGGUGCCUUUGAACGGGGUAUGGUAGUAGGUGCCAGGCGCACCGGUUUAUGCCAAGAACUGCAGCGCUGCUGGGUUUUUCACGCUCAACAGCUUCCCGUGUGUAUCAAGAAUGGUCCACCGCCCAAAGGACAUCCAGCCAACUUGACAUAACUGUGGGAAGCACUGGAGUCAUAUUAGGAAGGUGUUCUUAAUGUUUUGUCCACUCAGUGUAUAUGUGUGUGUGUGUGUAUUAACCCCUCCUCUCUGUGUCUGUAGGGAACCGUAAUAUAACAGACUCAGUGCUGGAGGUGGUAGCCUAUGAGGCCAGGAGGCUGUUCAGAGACCGACUGGUCUCCUCCAAAGACAUCCACUCCUUCGACAACAUCCUCUCCUCCGUCAUACGAGGGGACUGGGGCUCCGACGCACUGGACAACAUGACAGGUAACACACACACACACACAUCUCAGUGCUCCUCUCCCUCUGCACAGUGUGUGUGUAAACCAGGAUGACAGCGGGUUCUCUGUAGUUGGGUUCUCUGUGAAACGGGUUCUGUGUGUACGGUCUUGUCCUGUAAAUGGGCUCUAUGUAACGUGGGGUUAGUGUGUGUGGGGGUGUGGGGGUGUGUGGUGUGUGUGGGGAUUGGGUGGGUGUGUGGUGUGGAUUGGUGUGUGGUGUGUGUGUGGUGGAUUGGUGUGUGUGUUGUGUGGAUUGUGGGUGUGUGUGUGUGUGUGGUGUGUGGUGUGGAUUGGUGUGUGUGUGUGGGUGUGGUUGGGUGUGUGUGUGUGUGGUUGGUUGUGGUGUGUGUGUGGAUUUGGUGGUGUGUGUGUGUGUGUGUGUGUGUGUGUGUGUGGAUUUUUGGUGGUGUGUGUGGUGGAUUGGUGUGUGUGUGUGUGUGUGGAUUGGUGUGUGUGUGUGUGUGUUGGUGUGUGGUUGUGUGUUGUUGCGUGUGUUUUGUGUUGGGUGUGUUUGGGUUGGGGUGUGGGGAGUGUGUUGUUCUGUGGUGGUGUUUGUGGAUUGUUGCUUGUGUGUGGGUUGGUUGUGUGUGUGUGUUGUAUUGUGUGUGUGGAGUUGGGUGUGUGUGUGUGUUUGUGUUGUUUGUGUGUGUGUGUUUGUGUGUGUGUAGGAUGUGUGUAUAACUGUAUUAUCCCUGCAGAUGGUUUUCUAUGUGACGUGGGGGUGCGUCUGAGGGAGGGGGCGGUGAUGGCCCCUGGUCAAUCCCUGCCCCUCCACGGUAAAUCUCUGGGGACUCCUCGACUUUGCCGACCUAAGCCAGGUCAUACACAAGGUCAGUGGUGUGUUUGUAUUGUGUAGGACAGGGAGAGAGUGUGAGUGUGUGUGUGUGUGUGUUUGUGUGUGUGUGUUAAUGCAUCUCUCUCCUCUGUAGGGAGCGGUCCUGUAUGGUCGUGACAACAGGGAGUUGGACCUGCUUGUUGUUCUGGGAGGGGUGUUCACUUUGUGUCUCGUGUGGGACCGUUGUCCUGAGUCGACCGGGGGGCUCUCUGCUCCUAGCCGGACGCAGCGGCGUGGGCCGACGCACCGCCACAUGCCUGGUCUCACACAUGCAUGGAUACACACUCUACACACCCAAGAUCUCCCGGGAUACUCACUCAAACACUUCAACAACGACCUGAAGGACCGUAAGAUGC